AUGUCUCUAUCAAGUGAUGACCAUGUGACUCUCCUCCUAAGCUGUAUCAACCAUUCUUCCAACGGCAAGAUCGACUUCGGCGCAGUCGCGAAAGAGUGCAAUAUCAUAUCCGCAGGAGCUGCGGCGAAGCGCUUCUCCAGACUCACAAAAGCACAUAAAGAAGCUAUGAACAAAGGCGGCAACGUCGACAACGAUGCGCACGGGGUGAAUGAAGACGAAUCCAGCGCAAAGGACCCGGAACAGGCUGGCGCAAGUCUAGCAAAGGGUAAGAGAAAGGGCAAGGCGGCGGGGACUACAAAGGGAGAUGGUGCAGCGCCUGCGAAGAAGAGAGCCAGGGCGGCGAAGAAUAAAGUUGUCGUGAAGGAAGAGUCGCAGGGUGAUUAUGAUGAAGAAGAGAAAGACGCGAAUGCCAAUGGCAAUGAUAACGACAACGCCAAGGUGAAGGACGAAGAUGAGGACUUCGAUAUCAUGGGCACUGUUUCGGAUCUUAGCGAGGAUCUGGAUGAAAUUGAUACCGAUGAGAGCUAUUGCUAA